AUUUUUAUUUAAAAUAUAAUGAAAUAAACCGAAUUUAAGAGACAAUUUUGGCUGAAAUGUAAUGCUAAUCCAUGUGCCAGAAAGCGCGGGAAAAGACUGGUGUUUAUUGGUCGACAGAAGGCCAACUUAAUUUGGCGCAAAGAUUGAAAAAAGCUUAGGGUUAGGGUUUGGUAUAACUAUUGUGAGACAAGCAAAACGCGAAAAAAAAUGAUGGAAGAAGACAGAGAGGAUUCCUCGUUAGGGUUUAUAAAUCUAACCCCUAACAAUGGCGACGAAAGCUUGGUGGUCACCCUGAGCGGUCAAGUUCACCAACUCCCUUGCUGCAUCAAAUACGACGGUCCCUGCCCGGUUUCUCACUACUUCAAACCCAAACCCACCGGGAUCGAAGUUGAUGGAUUGAAAGUUGAAGAAGCUCAUUUUAGAGGAAGAAAGCUACAGGGUGUAACAAUUUCACUUCCAGAUGGCUACUCUGGCUUUGUUCUAGGCAAGAAAAAUUCUGCUAAGAGAAAAAUUUCUGACACAUCUGGAGAGAACUUGACCUGUUGGGAGACGAAGGCAAAGUUUGAUAAACUAACAUAUUGGAAUCAUGACACAUGUCCUACAAAAGAUGAUGCUUUCUUGCGUUCUUUUCAUUGGUUCAGUGUUGCAGAAGCACUCCACAGGCCGGUGACAGCUGAAGAUCUGGUUUCUUCAUCAAUUACUCUGAAAAAAAGCUGAAGUAUUGAUUGAGGUAGGAGGAUGUUGUAUUUGUAAUUUUCAGCCAUUGUUAUUUCUGGCUUGCUUCUAAUUAUUUCUCUCUAUAUAAUCAACAGUGUUUUUGCUUUCUCAGUCUCAUCCUCUCAUACUCGCACACAGAAACAUACUAAUGUAAUUUUUAUGCUUGUUCUGCUGAUUUUUCGAUCUGGGGCUGUUGUCACUCAUUAAUAGUUGAUUAAUUAUCAAGAUAAAUUAUAAUUAUAA